AUUCCGAAAAAUUGACACGAAACCAUGAGAAUUUUUCAAACAACGCGAAAAAUCUAUGAAGAGUUGGGCAUAUAUCAGCCUAAAGCAUUUGAAAAUCAUUCGAUAAGUGUCCAUUUUUGGGCCGCAUUUAUUGUAAUGGUGAUAACAUUCAUAUUGACAUCGAUGGGCUAUCUGAUCGAAGCACAAACCUUUGAAGAAUUUUUCGAUUGUUUUUAUGGAAUAAGUACAUCGUUUACGUGGCUAUCAUUUUUAAUUGUAAUCAUUUUGAAGGCAUCUAUCAUGUUCAAGUUCAUUGAGGAACUCGAAGCAGCAAUCGAAAAAAGAAUAGAGAAUCCGGUAUCCAAGGCCAUUUAUGAAGAGGCGAAUGAAAAGACCGAGAAAUGGACAAAAUUUAUUGAAUUUUUAGUAAUGAAAGUGACACUUGCUAGCGUUCCCACCUCGUUUCUCGUCAUAUGCUACUAUCUCUACUUUGCAACUGAUUUAGGAAAUGAAGCAUUUCGCUUGUCAUUUCUUAUGUGGUUUCCGUUUGAUUGGAAGGAUCCAAUUUGGUUGCCUUUACUAUAAUUGCUGUCAUGUGUUAUUACGUUGACCUUAUCAUUAC